UAAAUAGUAGUUUAUGAAGAAAAAAAGAGAGUAAACUAACUUUAAUUAUAAUUGAUCUCUCUUAUCUCUCUUCUUCAGCACCGCCGACCCCACGCCCGGUGCCGGAAUCCAAAGUGCCGCCGUCUCCUUUUUCUUCAUACAAUCUUGAAGUUGUUUUUUAUUUCAAUAACUUAAUUGGAAAGUGUGUGGUAGUCAUGGUGGGAAAGAGGCCAAACAUUUUGGUGACCGGUACACCAGGAACAGGAAAGACAACCACAGCAACUGCGCUUGCUGAAGCCACUCAACUCCGCCACAUCAAUAUCGGAGAACUGGUCAAGGAGAAGAACUUGCAUGAUGGUUGGGAUGACGAGCUUGAUUCUUACAUUCUUAAUGAAGACUUGGUAUGUGAUGAACUCGAGGAUGUUAUGGAAAACGGAGGGAACAUUGUGGACUAUCAUGGCUGUGAUUUUUUUCCCGAGCGAUGGUUUGAUUACGUGGUUGUACUUCAGACUGAUAACACCAUUUUGUAUGACCGUUUGACCAGAAGAGGGUACAAAGAAUCGAAGCUUACCAACAAUGUUGAAUCUGAAAUCUUUCAAGUUUUACUUGAGGAGGCUAAAGAAAGCUACGCGGAGGACAAAGUUAUUGCAUUGAAAAGUAACACAAUUGAAGACAUUGAUAGUAAUGUUGCAACUCUGACAGAUUGGGUCAGAAACUGGUCUAUAUAGGGUAUGAUGAAAAGUAUUGGCAGGGUUUCACAUGUUUGAAUCUGCAAUAUUUUUGACAUAAUGUUAUGGGUUUUAAUUAGACA